AUGCAGCAAAUUCAGAGUGGGAUGACCUUAGGAAACUACACAAUUUUGAAAUUAACAGGCCGCGGAGCAUUCUCCAGUGUAUACCAAGCCGUUCAUAAUGAUACUGGCAUCAAAGUUGCCUUAAAAGUCGUCUUAGCAUCAUCGCUACAAGAACCGAUGCAGCGAGCAAUGGUAGAAAAUGAAAUUAAUGUUUUUAAACUUAUAGACUAUCCUUUGGUUGUUGAAUUUUACGAAGCUUUCUUCGACAAGGAAUACUUUGUUGUCGCAUUAGAGUUUGUAGAGGGUGGCAGCAUUUUGUCAUAUAUCAAUAAAUUUGGAAAGCUUACAGAAGAUGAAGCAAGACAUUACUUUUGCCAGUUAGUUCAAACAUUAGAAUACCUCAAUUCUCGAUGCCGAAUUGCUCACAGAGAUCUUAAAGCUGAAAAUGUUCUAAUUGAUGAAAAUCACAAUAUCCGAUUGAUUGAUUUUGGAUUUUCCCAUAUAAUGUCGAAUAAAAUACCCGUAAUCAACGGACCAUGCGGAUCUCCGGCAUAUGCACCCCCAGAAGUCUUAAAGAAUCAGCCAUUUACUCAUCUCUCAGAUGUAUGGAGCGCAGGCGUUUUUCUUUACGGAAUUACCACUGGAAAUUUGCCAUUUGUUGACGACAACAUUCAAAGAUUAAUGCAAAAAAUCGUUUACACGGAACCAAAAUUCAAUUCUAAUGUAAGCCCGGAGCUCAAAGAUUUAAUAAUGAAGCUAUUAAAGAAGACUCCUUCCCAAAGAUUGUCGUUGCAUGAAAUCUGGUCUCAUCCAUGGAUUAGGAAAUAUGGAGGUAUUGCAGAUCUUCCAAAAUUAGCAAAUAUUUCAAGAUUACCAAUCCGUGAAAAUGUUGUUUCAAAGAUGAUUAACCCGCUAGACUCCCAAAAUCUUGAAAUAUAUGUUAAGAACUUUAAUUCAACACGCGAGUCAGUGGAAUACAAAAUUUUAUGUCGUCAAGAUAAUAUCAACUUAAUAAAGUCCUACUCGAAAUGGCUUCCAUCAUCGAACUUACAUCACAAUGAUAAUGGAGAUAUCCCCGAUGCAGAAAAUGCCAAAACUACUCCGAAAUUUUCAAGGAUAGGAAAAAACGUCAGUAUCGAGAAUCCAAAUCCGAACAGUUCACCACGUCAAAUGCAGCCAAUGUCCCAGAAUACAGAAACAACGCGCAAACCAGCUCAAAGUCCAAAUGAUAAAAGAGCUCCGAUUUCAAUCGCAAAAGAAAAUAACCCUGUAUGUAAAUCAGCUACUAGCCUUACAACUAGCCCAUUCAGACCAGAAAAUAUUCAGCCUAGAGCUUCUUGUAUCGAAAGAAAGUUUACAUCAAGGUCACCAGCACCAGCAGAGAAAGUUAUAAUACAAGAACCACAAGUACAACCUCCUAACCUGAAUCUUGAUGCUGUGAAGCCAAGUUCAGGCGAGGAACCUAAAUCUUCCAGAGAAAUGACAAGACAAGAACAGCUAAGAAUGCUCUUGGAGAAGAAUGAAAAGGUUGCAAAGUCAAAAACACAAACAAACCUAAGGUUAAUUUUUUAA